AUGCAAAAAAUCGAGCAGAGAAAUGCAACUGUCUUUACAGAAUUUAUCCUCCUUGGUUUUGGAGAUCUUCAAGAGAUACAUAUCCCUCUCUUCUUGGUGUUCCUAGUGAUCUAUAUCAUGACCAUGGCUGGGAAUCUUCUCAUACUUGUGCUUGUCAUAACUGAUGAACACCUUCACACUCCCAUGUACUUCUUCCUGGGCAAUCUGUCCUGUUUAGAGAGCUGCUACUCCUCAACCAUCCUCCCCAGAAUGCUGGCCAGUUUCUUAACUGAGAACCGCAAUGUUCCUGUUACUGGAUGCAUUGUGCAGUUUUGGGCAUUUGGUUUCUUAGCAGCAACAGAAUGCUACCUCUUGGCGGCUAUGUCUUAUGAUCGCUACGUAGCUAUUUGUAGACCCCUGCAUUAUUCUGCUCUAAUGAAUGUCAAGAUUUGUCUGCAGCUGGUGGCUGGAUCUUGGAUUGGCAGUUUUGUGGUGAACACCAUCUUGUUAAUGUUUAUACUGCAGUUAACCUUCUGUGGCGACAAUGUGAUUGAACAUUUCUUUUGUGAUUUCACUCCCAUGAUGAAACUGACCUGUGAUGACUCACAUCAAGUAGAACUUUUAUCAGCUAUUCUGUCCUCCCUCUGCACCUUGCCCCCAUUUGUUUUAACCAUAGCAUCCUAUGUCUAUAUUAUUUCUGCCAUUCUUAGAAUCUCAUCUACCACAGGGAGGCAAAAGGCAUUCUCUACGUGCUCUUCUCACCUCUCAGUGGUGACAAUUUUCUAUGGUACUCUCAUCACUGUGUAUCUGUUGCCAGACACCAAGGAACUCAGACAGCUAAACAAAUUCUUCUCUGUCUUUUACACAAUCUUGACCCCUCUGAUCAACCCUCUCAUAUAUAGCCUGAGAAACAAAGAGGUAAAGGAGGCCCUGAGGAGAACUACCAGAAGGUGUGCAAACUGCAUAUGA